GCGUGGCUUUUGGAGGGCGGGGCCGGGCGCGGAGCAGGAGCAGAGCGCGGCUGCAGAGUGAGCAGCAAGCAGUGGGGAGACACAGCCCUACACCCCAGCCAGCCUCCGCGUGUGUUCCCUCUGUCGGGAGAGCGCCAAUGCCCGGGCCGACCCAAACCUUGUCCCCAAAUGGCGAGAACAACAACGACAUCAUCCAGGAUAACGGGACCAUCAUUCCUUUCCGGAAGCACACAGUGCGCGGGGAGCGGUCCUACAGUUGGGGAAUGGCGGUCAACGUGUAUUCUACCUCGAUAACCCAGGAGACUAUGAGCAGGCAUGACAUCAUUGCAUGGGUUAAUGACAUCGUGUCUCUGAACUACACAAAAGUGGAACAGCUCUGUUCAGGAGCAGCCUAUUGCCAGUUCAUGGACAUGCUUUUCCCAGGCUGUAUUAGUUUGAAGAAAGUAAAAUUCCAGGCAAAGUUGGAACAUGAAUAUAUUCACAAUUUUAAACUUCUGCAAGCAUCAUUUAAACGGAUGAAUGUUGAUAAGGUCAUUCCGGUGGAGAAGCUGGUGAAAGGGCGUUUCCAGGACAACCUGGAUUUCAUCCAGUGGUUUAAGAAGUUCUACGACGCCAACUAUGACGGGAAGGAGUAUGACCCCGUGGAGGCGCGGCAAGGGCAAGAUGCCAUCCCUCCCCCUGACCCCGGGGAACAGAUCUUCAACCUGCCCAAGAAGUCUCACCACGCGAACUCCCCCACGGCAGGUGCGGCUAAAUCAAGCCCAGCAGCUAAGCCGGGAUCCACACCUUCCCGUCCCUCAUCUGCCAAAAGGGCUUCGUCCAGCGGCUCCGCAUCCAGAUCUGACAAAGACUUAGAAACGCAGGUCAUACAGCUCAACGAGCAGGUACAUUCAUUGAAACUUGCCCUGGAAGGCGUGGAGAAGGAGAGGGAUUUCUACUUCGGGAAGUUGAGAGAGAUUGAACUGCUGUGCCAAGAACACGGGCAGGAAAACGAUGACCUCGUGCAGCGACUCAUGGAAGUGCUCUACGCUUCAGACGAGCAGGAGGGCCAAACAGAAGAGCCAGAAGCGGAAGAGCAAGCCCAUGACCAACAGCCCCAGCAGCAGGAAGAGUACUGAACCAUCUCAGCAGCUCUUGACACAUCCAUCGUGUGUGGGGACUUUUCUUCUGGAGAAUUGGAACGUGUGUGGCCUGGAGCUCAGUAGAAAGCAGCUGUUCCCAACCUGCCGUUACCAUCCACAGCGAUAUCGCAUCCGCCAGCCAUUGCACUUGGUUUUCAUUUCCUUUGCCAAGAUGCAUGAGCAGAUGGCCGUCCUGGUCGUCACCUACCUGCGAGGUCAUAGGGUCACAUACCUUCAACUUCACCACUUGGCUGCUUGAAAUUGGUUCUACUCUUCCCUUACUUCUGUCCAGAACAACUCUUUCCCACCCCACCACCACCACCACCACCACCAUCACCACCACCGCUACCACCACCACCACCCCUUUUUAUCCUGGUGUGAAACAAUGGUAAUUUGAUAUAUGGUAUUUAUAUUGGCAUUUCUCAACCCAGUGUCACUAGAUGUCACACGCAUUCGUGGUGCUUUGAUGUUUGCGAGUCUAACCUCCUAUCCUUAAUUUGGUCAGAUGAGUAAUUGGAACAAAGGGAAACAGAUACUUGAUAUGAAAGCCAUAUGACAGUAGCUUGUGUCAUGGGGAAAACACAGUUUCUCCCUCUACUCACAACACUAAAGGGAAAAAAAAAUGGAUUCAAAACUAGGACUUCAGGGCCCAGCAGUGUUGAUAGAGCAGCAUACAGACAGCCACACAGUUGUUAGUUUUCAGACCUUCACUCACGGACAACGCCAUCCCAGCUUUGCGCCCCCCGCCCUCCCGCCCCCGCUCCCCAGGUUCUCACGUUAUUUUCUUUCUCAGGGUCCUCUUUUGGUGGGGGUCCAUUCCCCCCCCCCCCGCAAGAUGUCACUCACAGUCUGCAGUUGCAAAGGUGGGGGGGGUCUCGGAAGGCGCGACGCUUCCUGCCUCAUCCCUCCUCCUCCUCGGAAGGGCUUCAACCCAAGUCCUGCGGUUCCCGUCAGGGGACCCGUACUCAAGGGUAGCCUGAGGGUGUACCCGACGGGCCAGCCUUCGGCAUCGUGUUGGUGCCGGCUGCAAGGUUGGGGGUGAAGACUUGAUUGGUAGCGUGGUUUCAAGGGAGAAGCGUGGCUCCACACAGGGACACCAGUGACUCCCGUCCCCUCCUGGAGUAAGGACUCCCCCACCUCUGCAACCCAGGGGCCCUCCCUCGUUGACAUUUGCUAGGCCACGGCAAUUCAUAAAUAGGAAACAUUAAUAAAUUGAAAGCAUUCCUUGUUUUUAACUAAUAUUUGCACAUUUUCUUAGUGUCUUUCCUGACCGUUGCCCGUCUUCCCUUUGAACAGAUGGUACCCCUUCUAGCUCCCUCCCUUCAUUUGGUUUUAACCUUAGGUUUACUGUCGCUGGUCCUUUGGCCAGCAAGUGCAGAAAAAAAACGAGAAACAAAUGUGCCCGCCCCACCUUCCACUUAAAAAAAAAAUCUUAAAAUAAAUUUCUGAAUUAUGCAUCAUAAAGCCUUGAAAUUUCUUUAUUAAUUGAUGAAAUGCUAACUUUAAAUUCUAGCAUUGAAGCCUUGCACCCAGAGGCGGCUUUCCGAAAUAACUCUUUACAGCAGUUGUACGUACUGAGGUCUUUGUGGGAAGAUGGCUUGCAUUCUUGAAUUGAUCACAACGCACUGUGCAGAAGUGGACAGAUGUUCCAUGGUGUCUGGUUCCCCUUCCUUCUCUCUCCUGCUCACUCAGCCCUACAGCAGCAGCUCAUCUCUCUGAGGCUGGAACGCCUUGCUCCUUGCAGUGACAUCCUCCCAGGCCUGGUGGUGAUAGUACUGUGCUUUACACAGCAUCAGGCUUACUGGUUUGUUUGCUCUUCUGAACCUGUUUUAUUCACUCACUUUGUUUUUGUUUGGGUUUUUUUUAAUAGCUAUUAUAAAGAGGUACAAUAAACAGCUACUCAUGGAUAUCUGAGUGGUUGCUUUACCUGCCCAGGAGAUCUCAGUAAUACAUAGGGCUGGGUGAUUCACUCCUGUGAAAGGAUACCAGGGAGUUAGGAUCUUGUCUUCUCCCAGGCCUCUGGAGGCUGUUAAACUUGCAUAAAGCUCCCCCGAUGCCUCUUGCUGGAAUCACUCUGUUCCUCUCCACCUCCCUGGACUACUUAGCUGGACACCUACUGGCCACAUGUCUUACCUGAAAUAAAUGUUCCCCGGGUGGUAUACUUCGUUCUCCUUCCAGGGGCUCAGGCCAGACCAUUCAUCCAUUUAGAGAAAAGCUGUCUGUCCUCUUCCCAUGCCCAUCUUAAAUAUCUUCUGAAGUACUAUGUCCCAGAUGAUGCCAUGGAGGCUUGGGGGGAAAUCCUUCACAGCUAUUUCCAAAUUAUUCUUAGGCUAGAGCCCCUGUGUCUGGGCACCCACCACUGAUGGGUGGUGGGACACAUUCAUUCUCUCAUCUUGGCAUUCAGGGCACACAUUCCUCUAAUCCCCAUCCCAGUCACAGGACAUCGUAUUGGGUCUAUGGCAUCCCAGCAUGUGUGCCCUGCUCCUCCCUCUCAGGAAGUCUGAUUUUUUUUUUCUUGGUCGUCCCACACCCACUGAUGUCUGAUUAUAAGCACUUCCUUUACCAUGGUCAGAUUGGAAGUGAUCGAAGCAGGGGACAAAGAGAAAACGCAUGUUCGUUCUAAGAAAAGCAGGAAAAGGGGUUAGAUAAACACCCUGUUGAACUGAGAGAAGGAAACUCCAGAAGGGAACCAAGACUCCCUCCCUUCCCUGGUGAGUGUCUCCAUUAUUCCGUUAAGGUUUAAUAUGCAUUCAGAUUACUUUUACUAAAUAGUACACCAUAAAGCUUUUGUUAUAUAUUAAAUGUAAACUGAAAGGAAUGUAAACAUAUGUAUUGUUAAUUAUAAAUAUCGAUAAGUAAUGGCAUAAUAGAUGAAGAGGUCUUAUUCAGAUGCAUCACAUUCAUUUUACAUUACCCACCUAUUGUCGCAUGGUAGGAUAGCUUUUUGUCUCUGAAUUGUGAAUAACUUGACUUGCGUUGAUCUUUUUACAUAUUUAAUAAAAAAAAUAUAUGUUAAAAUCUG